GGGGUAUUUAUUAUCCAAAAUGAAGACUCCAACUUGUGCAUUAAAGUGGACACAGUUGGCCUUUUUCUGGAAAACUGCAGUCAGCUCUCAAAAGACAUGCUAUGGAAGUGGGUGUCCAAUCGCCGUCUUUUCAACAUAGGCAGAAGUACCUGUCUAGGACUGAACAUCAGUAGACCAGACCAGCCAUUAAGUAUGCUUGAAUGUGAUUCAACUCAAUACUCGUUAUGGUGGAACUGUGAUGGAAAAGCCUUAGUUGGUGUAUCAGAGUACAAAUUAGCCAUUGAAAACAGCAAACAUAUUGUGGCCAAAAAAGAUUCUGCUUAUCAGUGGAAACAGUACAUGUCAUAUGAUGGAGAUCUUUGUGAACACCCAUUUCAAGAAACAUACACAUUGCUGGGAAAUUCUUUCGGUUUCCCAUGCAUUUUUCCAUUUAAAUAUAAGAACAAGUGGUAUUAUGAGUGUACCAGAGAUGGAAAGGACUUUGACUGGUGUGCUACAACGACUCACUAUGAACAAGAUGAAAAAUGGGGGGUUUGCCCAAAUGCUGAGAGCGGCUGCGACAUUUUUUGGAAGAAGAACCCUGACACCCACCUUUGCUACCAGUUCAACCUUGCAUCUGUGAUGACCUGGCAUGAGGCACGGGCCACCUGUCAGCUGCAGGGAGGAGACCUGCUGAGUGUCACAGACCCUGAAGAGCAGAGCUACAUAAGUAACUUAAGCAGACAGUUAAACACCACAGACAUGAUGCUGUGGAUGGGCCUCAGUCGCCUGGAGCCAGACACUGGCUGGCAGUGGUCAGAUGGAGCACCACUGGUUUUUGUGAACUGGGUAGCAGAUGUCUCUGAUGACCGUUUUAGAGAAAAUCAUUGUGCAGUGAUUAAUUCAAAAUUGAACUAUGGCUGGCAAAGUUCUUUAUGUGAAUCUGGAUUGCCUUUUGUGUGCAAAAAAUAUUUAAAUAAGACAUAUGAAACAUUGGAUACGUGGAAGUAUUAUGCCACUCGUUGUGCCGCUGGUUGGUACCCGCACAACCGCAACUGCUACAGACUCCAUCGGGAGGAGCGGAGCUGGAACGAUGCUCUUGACUCAUGCCAAAGUGACAGUAGCGGGCUCGUUAGUAUAUCCUCCAUGGCAGAUGCAGAGCUGCUCCUUAACUUGCUUGAAAGUGAAAAUGUAACUGAAACAUGGAUUGGGUUAUACAGUAAUACCACCCCUGUUGUUUUUAAGUGGUCAGAUAGCACCCCAGUAACACUGUCUAACUGGCACAGCCAAGAACCUAACACCUUUCAAAGAACAGGACAACUCUGUGUUUCAGCACAAGGAUCUGAGGGACAUUGGAAGGUUAAAAAAUGUGAAGACAAAUCCUUCUACAUUUGCAAAAAAGCAGGGGAAUUUAAUAAUGUCUCUUCUGAGCUGGAAUCAGGUUGUCCAGAGGGAUGGGAAAGACAUGGUGGAUAUUGUUACAAAAUCGACAGUACCCCUCGAAGUUUUGAACAUGCUUCCAGUGGUUAUUUCUGCCCACCUGCACUUGUAUCAGUAACAAACAGGUUUGAACAAGCUUUCAUCAACAGCAUGAUCCGUAGCAUGGUAAAAUCUGAGAAAACUUAUUUUUGGAUAGGACUGCAAGACCUUAAUGACACAGGAGAAUACUUUUGGCUAAGUACAGCAGGAAAGAAUCACUCCGUGAGCUACACAAACUGGAACAAGUACCAGCCACGUCGUUCUGGAGGCUGUGUGGCUCUGCGAGGGCAGCACCCUGUUGGGUAUUGGGAGGUGAAAAGCUGUAAGAACUUCAAAGCAAUGUCUUUGUGCAAGCAAACAAUUAAUUCUUAUGAAGAACCAGAACUUACUUUUCAAAAACAUUUGAGUUCAUGCUAUUUUGGAUGGGAGUCAGAAGCUAAUCUGCUCAGCUGUUACAAGAUAUUUCACAAUGAAAAAGUUCUGAUGAGAAGAACAUGGGCUGAAGCUGAAGCAUUAUGCCAAGAUUUUGGAGCACAUCUUGCUAGUUUCAGCCAUAUCUAUGAAGAGACAUUUUUAAACAAUUUAUUAUAUACAAUUUUUGAUAGGACUGAAGAAAGACAGUUCUGGAUUGGAUUUAAUAAAAGAAAUGCACUUUCUGGAGGGACAUGGCAGUGGUCUGACAGAACACCUGUUGUAUCUUCAUUUUUGGAGAGCAAGUAUGUUGAAGAUGACUCAAGAAACUGUGGUGCAUUCAAAGUAAAUAGAACGGUCUUCCCAGCACACUGCAAUGAAAAGCGCGAAUGGAUCUGCAAAAUACCAAAAGGUGUUAAACCAAAGAAUCCAGAUUGGUACAUAGCUGAACUGCCUUGGUCAUAUUACCAAGGAGCAGAAUAUCUUUUCCAUGUCAGUCCUACGGACUGGGAAAUGUACGAGUUUGUCUGUGGCUGGCUUCGCAGUGGAAUGGCAACAAUAAAUUCUUCUGGUGAACAAGCCUUUAUUCAAAACAAAAUUAAGAAGCUCUCGAGUAGUGACGUUCACUGGUGGAUUGGAUUGCAUGCAGAAAACCUCAGUGCUGAAUUUCGCUGGAGAGAUGAAUCACCAGUAACAUACCAGAACUGGAAUGAAGGAUGGGAAAGAGAUCCACAGAAACCAGGAAGAAGAUGUGGCUUCAUUUCAUCACAAACAGGACUUUGGGGUGAUGAAAACUGUACAGUCUCUCUUCCCUGUAUUUGUAAACGUAAUUUGGCGUGGAAAAUAGAGAAAGAGAUUCCAAAAGACGAGAACCAACAAGGAGUAUGUCCAAAAGGCUGGUUGCACUUUGGAUCCAAAUGCUUUUUAAUACAAAUUCCAAAGGAUCCAGAGCAUCUGAAAGACUGGUACUCUGCACAAGAGAUCUGCAAUAGCUAUGAGGGGUCACUUGCUUCCCUUGAAGAUGAACUAGAGCAAGCUUUCAUAACAAUGAAUCUAUUUGGAUGGAAGACUAGUGUUUGGAUAGGUUUACAGAGUGAUGAUUAUGAAAAAUGGAUUAAUGAAAAGCCUUCAAUGUAUUCCAACUGGUCUCCAGUUGAAGUAUUGCAUAGUCAGCAUUAUAACAGAGCAGAUAUUCAAGAACAACUUCCACUGUGUACAUUGGUAUCAAAUAACCCUAAUUUUUAUUUUACGGGAAAAUGGUACUUAGAAAACUGUCAGAAAAAUUAUGGAUUUGUUUGCCAAAAGACUCAGGACAAAUCCAGACAUGUCAGCAAUGCCUCUGAAAUGCGCCCUGUGCCAGAUACACUAGAGUAUGGAAACAGAAUGUAUAAACUAAUACGUGGGAAUUUUACAUGGUCUUCAGCUUUGAAAGCCUGCACGGCCAGUGGUGCGGAGCUGGUCAGCGUCACAGACCAGUAUCAGCAGGCGUUCCUGACGGUCGUCGUGAAUCGGCUGGGCUACGACCACUGGAUCGGCCUCUUCACUCCAGAUAACGGGCUUCACUUUGAAUGGUCAGAUGGGUCUAGGUCUCUGUUUACCUUCUGGGAAGAUGACGAGUCCCAGGCCUUUGGCAGCUGUGUUUACAUGGACACUUCGGGGCACUGGAAAAGCGCUAACUGCGAACGACUUCUGCAAGGAGCAGUUUGCCAUGUGCCACCUAAAAAGAAACCCACUGCCUAUAAAGGCUUAUGUUCAGAGAAGACUGUUCCCUGGAUCAAAUUCAAAAACAGUUGCUACAGCUUUUCCACAGUUCUGCAGGGCACAAAUUUUGAUACUGCAUAUGAAGUCUGUAAAAGUCAAGGAUCAAAUCUUCUAACUAUUCAAGAUGAAGAUGAAAAUGCCUUCAUUUUGGAAGAAUUGCACAAUUUUGGUUAUUCUGUGCAGAUGGUUUGGUUGAACAUCCUGCUCGUUACGGACAAUGAGACUGUCUCGUGGUUUGAUGGUUCUCCUUUAAAUUAUUCUAACUGGGGCAUCAGGGAACCUGAAUUUGAUCAUCUCAAAGGGAAUUUCUGUAUCAGCCUGAGGAUCGCAGAUGGAGUCUGGCAAUUAUCUCCAUGCAGAGAAAAAAAGGGAUUUGUAUGUAAAAUGGAUGCAGACAUUGAUGCAACAGAAUUCUCUGAAAAAUCAUCAUACCAUGGGCUUGUGGCUGUGGCUGUUCUCAUGACGUUGGUGAUGCUGGCUGCCAUUUCCCUUUUCCUGUGGUGCCUGUACAAACAGAACAACCGACUCUUCAGCCGGAUACUGUGGAUCAGAAACACUUACUUGCCACAGAUUAAUUCUGAUGUUCCUGCUUUGGAAGAAAGCAUCCUGAUUGCUGAUUUUGAGAGAAGUGACAAUUAA